AUGCACACGAACCUGAUUGAUAACGAUUUGUCUAAUGACUCUCGGAACCUCGGUCAAAAAGGAGAAGAACGAGAUAGAGGAUGGGCUCGAAAGAGGAAAGCGAGAACGGAGACGGAUGAAGUGAGUGAAACCCGCUCGGUCGCCGCUCAUUGGUGGCUGACGGACGACGGCUGCGGUGGCUGCGACGACGACGUCGGCGGGCCGACGGACGCAACGGAGCGCGCAGACUUGUGGCUGGCUGGGUGGCUGGCUGCUGCUGCUGCUGCUGGUGCAGCUACUGCGGUUAUCGUCUGUCUACACUACACACACAGGAUAGGAUGGAUGAACGGGCGGACAGCCAGAUCGCGCAACAGAGUGAAGAAGGAUCGAGUCUAUUUGGGCAAUCAACAUGCUUGUAUCGGCCAAAGGAUGAAUGGGCAAGUGGAAUGUGAAAAUUUUGAAGAUCGUACCGAUGAACUGGCUGAUGAUGGCGAUAGUUCACCUUCCCCAUCUGAAGACACGAAGUACGAUUUCCCGUUGACUGAGAUGAGCUACGACAAUGAUUCUGAUAAGCCGUUCAUCUGUGAGCAUACGAAUUGUAAUAAGAGAUUUGCAAACAAAUUCCUCUUGAAGAAACAUCAAUUUAUACACACAGGACUUCGGCCUCAUACCUGUCCGUAUUGCAGCAAGCGGUUCAAUCGAAAAGAUAAUUUAUUACGGCAUAAGAAAACACAUCUUCAAACGAGUGUGGUAGAGGAUCGAAGAAGUCUACCAGAAGCGUUCAGUGGACUGUUUCCAGCAUUCAGUAGCACAAUGGGUCUUGACCUGAAAAUGGAUGGUUUGGAUGCGAUUAAAAUCGAACCACUAGAUGCGUUCAGAGUUGAAAAUAAUGAAGACUAG